AUGAAUGUUCUUGGCUGUAAGUGGGUUUACAAAACCAAACUAAAUGUUGAUGGUACAGUAAAGAGACAUAAAGCAAGGUUAGUUGCUAAGGGUUAUCAUCAAGUGGAUGGCAUUGAUUUUGAGGAGACUUUUAGUACUAUUGUUAAAGAUACUACCAUCAGAUGUGUUCUUAGUUUAGCUCUCUCAAACAAGUGGAAUAUGAGACAACUUGAUGCUAGCAAUGCUUUUCUACAUGGCCACUUGAAAGAGAAUGUUUAUAUGGAACAGCCUCCUGGAUAUUUUGAUCCAGAACACCCUACACAUAAUUCUGAGAGAAUGAUUAUGUUAGUUUAUAUGGAUGCCAUUAUUCUUGUGGGGACUUCUGACUCUCUCCUUACAUCCUUUAUCACUUAUUUUAAGUCUGAGUUUGCCAUGAAAGAUCUUGGAUCCUUACAUUAUUUCUUAGGCAUUGAAGCUAAUUUUGAUCUCUCUGCAAAUAAGGUACGUCUUACUCAGAACAAGUAUUCCGUGGAUCUUCUCAUAAAACAUGAAAUGUUGGGUUGUAAACCAUGUAGAACUCCAGUAGCUUAUGGUCCAAGGGUUUCUUCUUAUGAUGGUGAACUUCUGAAAGAUGCAGCUUCUUAUAGAAGCUUAGUGGGUGGAAUUCAAUAUUUGACUCUUACCAGACCUGAUAUCAGCUUUGCAGUGAACUAUGUUAGUCAGUUCAUGCACAGUCCUACUGAUAUUCAUCUGCAUCUUGCUAAACGUAUUCUUAAAUACAAUAAAGGCUCUCUCGGACAAGGUAUUAUUCUUGGAAGUGGUACUUGCUCAGAACUUAUUGCCUAUUGUGAUAGUGACUGGGCCGAUUGUCUUGAUACACGCAAAUACACUUCAGGAUAUUGUAUUUUUGUGGGUGGUCUAGUUUCCUGGUCGUCCAAGAAGCAACACACUAUUUCUCGCUUCUCAACAGAAGUUGAAUACAGAGGACUUGCAAAUGCAGCAGCUAAAGUUUUGUGGCUUUCCUACUUAUUUGAAGAAUUAUCUGUCUACUUAUCUCUUCUAUGUCGAGUAUACUGUGACAAUCUUGGUAUUGGAAGUUUAACUGAAAAUCCUAUUUUCCAUGCUCGCACUAAGCACAUUAAAGUAGAUUAUCAUAUGAUACGUGAUCUAGUUACUUCUGGGUUUCUGAAGGUCUCUUACAUUCACACUCUUAGUCAAAUAGCUGAUUUGUUCACAAAAGGAUUGUCCAAGUCUCAGUUUGAUAUGCUGAAGGACAAACUAAUGCAUGUUGUACAUGCAUCCGUUAGAGGGGGGGUGUUAGACUAA